AUGGCAGGACGGGGCUCGGUCAAAAGUGCACUGCGCUUGUUCUACACGCCUGCCAUUUCAAGGACAGUGCGUGUUCGAGCUGCACGAGCUCGCCCUGCAAGCGUUAGCUACCACCUAUCUACGCCGUUAAGGCAAUACGUGUCCAAUGGAGUGAAUGGCGCGAAUGGCACCCAGGCAACGGGAGACGUAUCACCAACAACCGAUGGAGUAAGCCCUCCCCCAUCUGAGACGAACGCCACAGGAGAAAGCGCGUCUCCCGCUUUUUCAGACUCGUUGCCUGCUCCUGAUGGGAAUGGAACGAACUGGUCAACCUCCUACCAUGGACUUUCGGUGGAACCCUUCCCGCCAGAAGCUGCUGAAAUCCUGAUGGCUCCAAUUGAUCCUCUUGACAUCGAAAUGAAGCCAGACGGUCUCAUUUACCUUCCCGAAAUUAAAUAUCGCCGAAUAUUAAAUAAAGCUUUCGGACCUGGAGGUUGGGGUCUAGCUCCUCGCGGUCCAACUCACGUCGGCCCAAAGGUGGUUAGUCGCGAAUAUGCUCUCGUGUGCUUAGGAAGACUAGUAGCGGUUGCGCGAGGCGAGCAAGAAUAUUUCGAUAAAAAUGGCAUCCCCACCGCCACAGAGGCUUGCAAAAGCAACGCACUUAUGCGCUGUUGUAAAGAUCUAGGGGUGGCGAGCGAACUUUGGGAUCCUCGCUUCAUCCGAGAUUUCAAAGCAAAACAUUGUGUUGAAGUUUUUGUGGAGCAUAUUCCGACAAAGCGGAAGAGGAAACUGUGGAGAAGAAGGGAUGCGAAAUUCGACUACCCGUACAAGGAAUAA